UGUGCAUUGAAAACGACGACGUUAUCGUGUAACACACCUCGUCUCGAGUCACGAUCACGCAUUCACAUUUUGCUGUAUUCUUUGGCAAAUAGGCCUCUCUCUAAUUCUCUGUUCCCCACAAAAUCCCGAAACAAAAGCUAAGAAAUCAGAGAAAGUGUUUUUCUUAUUUUUUUAAUUUUUGAAAAAAAAAAAAAAAUUCAUGCUUAAAUUUCCAUUUAUAGUAGACAAAGUAUAUCUCCCAUUUUCAAAAUUUGAAAAAAUCCAGAAAGUAAAGAAUCUACUUUACCAUGGAGAUCGCUUCGAUUCCAAUCACUACGUGUUCCAAAGAGCACCAGCAGAUCUAUCAGGAAUGGUUCAAUUACGCUGAUGCAGAUACCGAUGGCCGCAUUACUAGUAAUGAUGCCACCAAGUUCUUCGCCAUGUCGAAUCUGUCCAGGCAAGAUCUCAAGCAGGUGUGGGCAAUCACAGAUUCGAAGCGACAGGGAUACCUUGGUUUCAAGGAGUUUAUCGCUGCUAUGCAGCUAGUGUCUCUGGCACAAGCUGGUCAUGCAGUAACACAUGAUCUCCUGAAUAGUGACGUUGACUUGAGCAGUUUGAAACCUCCUGUAAUGGAGGGUUUGGAUGCACUAAUAGCAAAGAAAAAGCGCAAGGAAAAGACUAGUGAACUCGAAUCAAAUGGUAGUUUGCAUGGGCCAUCACCUUCAGCUAAUUGGUUUUCAUCAAAAUCAGCAAAAAAUAUGUCAGACACAAUGCAUGACGAUAUUGACGAUGGCCUUCGGUUCCGAAAUUGCAAUUGUUUUUGUGGCUUGAAAGCAAGUGUAAAGAUUUCGGAUAUGCGAAAUGAGAACCGGUACAGGCUUUUCCAAUGUUGCCCAAAGGACGCAUGUCGGUUUUUUCAAUGGUGUAUUCCCUUGAAGACGCCAUUGUCAUAUGCGGAGGAUUUCCAACAACUACAAGAAGAGCUAUGUGUCUUGCGAGAGGAAUUGAGGGUCAUACAUGACAAGGUCCACCCCUUAGAUCAGCCAAAGAAAAUGGCGAAGAUUAGGUUCAUUGCUUGGUGUUUGUUUUGCACCGUGCUUGCACUACUGCUUACUAUGACGAUGGUGUAAACCAAACUGUUAUGAUGAUGUGUUCAUUCCUACUAUGUAACUAUAUUAUCUUAUUAUGUACUACUAACUCAUUCUGAACUUGAUGUGAUGUGUAAUAUGUUUAGACAAUCUUGAGUCAUCCAUUUUGCUAGUGUAUACAAUAUGUAUCGGGCUGACUCUUACAAUAUGUACCUUAUCCUUGUUGGAUGAUAAUAGUACGUAUCUUUUUUAUUUUA